CCUUCCCUCCCCUCCCCUCCGGCCAUCCCCUCCCCAUCUCUUCCUUCUUCCUCCACGGGCCCCCUCCUCUCCUCCUGUCCCGCACGGCGCAUGGAUCCCGUCCCUGCCUCUCCUCCCGUGCUGCGCGGGAUGCGGACGCGACGGCGCGCGGCGCUGCGCAGUGUGGCGGCGGUGGGGAGCAGCGGCCGGCCGCGUGCAGUGCUGCGCGGAGUGGUGGCGAGGAGCGGUGCGGCGCUGCACGGUGCGUCGCGGCUCAGCGCAGCGGCGGCGGCGGAGAUGCGGACGGGGAUGCGGAUGCGGUGCUGCGCGAAGGAGCGGUGGCAAGGAGCAGCGCCGCGGCGGCGGGGAGCAGAAGCCGGAUGCACGCAGCGCGCCGUGGAGCAGGGCAGCAGCGGCCGGCCGCGCGCGGCACUCAGCGCACGCCGACGCCCUUCCGCGUCCUCCCCACCAGCGCACGCCGCCGAGUCAUCGCCCCCUGCCCUGGCGUGGCCGUCACAGUGCCCCUCCUCCAUCAGUAAAAGGUGUUCUUGCUUGGAGUGGAUUUCCCAUCUUGAGUUGGGAUCUUGGUCAAGAUUUUGUGUUAAUCGAACAUGGUUUGCUUGGCUUUUGGUGAGCUUCUUGAGGAACUCGGUUUUUCUAUGUGUUCUGUUGGAGCAGGGAGGUGGGGGUCGUCAGGUUUGUGGAAUGGUCUGUCACAAUACUAAAUGUGACUUUGAUGGGGGCCUUCAGAAGCGAUGCUUAUAUUGGCCUUUGGAGUCAUCCUAAUAGCAUAUUUGAUUGCAGCCACUGGUGCCUUCCUGGAGUUCCAUAUGCUUGGAAUGAACUUGUAUUUCCCAUCUGUUGACAAAUGGUGAGUUCCUUAUUACAAUGACAUUCAUUUAUGAUAUUUUCUUAGAGCAUGUGCCUAAAUAAACCAAGUA